GAGAGGGCGUGUUUUACUUUUCUCCAGUCAGACAGUUGAGACCGGUGUAAUAUUCAGCAUAAAAGUGCACUGGGGAGAAGUCCUGUUCACUGAGUCCACUCCAGUGCUUCAGGGCAGCAGUCAUGGUGUUCACUAUUGUGUACGGCUGAGGGAAAAGAAAAAAACAGGGGGGAGGCGGCGGCGGUGGUGGUAGGGCUGGAGAAAAGAAAACCUGUCCCUUUGUGUGGGAAGGAGCCCGUAGGAAAGUGAUUUUGUCAUUAUUUGUCAGCAAAGCAAUGCUCUUCCCCCUGACCCACAUGUAUGCCUCGGUCGCCGCUCCGCACGCCUCAGCCGCCUCAUGCCAGAGUCCCAUAUGAGUGCUCUUCAAAGACCCGGCAAACAGCAACACACGGGCUUCUCCUGAUGAUGAGAUCCGACGUCAGACUGGUUUCCAUGAAUAUUGAUGUGGAGGAUAGUCUGUUUCAUAGAAGAACAGAAGGAGGCAAGAUGGCUGCCCUUUAGGAUUUGUUAAAGAGGACAUCCAGACGGUUUGUUGGAAUUUUCUACAAAGUGGAGGGACGCAAAAAGAGAACAGUCAGAGGGCAGCCCUUUGCAUGGACUCUGAGCAGGCCAGAUGGAAACAGAAAACACCGGGCAUGAGGCAGAAGAAGGUCUGAUUGCAGCACAAUUUGGCACAUCUCAAAAAAUCCCACAUAAACUCCAGAAUGGGAGCCAGUCUUCAGAGGAAAAUUCUCUGGGGAUCACAAGGAAUAAUAACUGGAACCAUUUCAAGACCGUCACAAGUGCAAACUCAAUGAAGAGGCACAGGGACAGCUGUGAAAGCCCUUCGUUAGUGCACGGACUAUAUGAUCAAGGAUCCUACGUAAUGAAUGGAGAGUUCAUGAAUGGAGAGAUGAAUCGUGGACUCACUGACCAGUCCUUACUGAUGCACCAGCCCAAGAAACUUAAAGUCGAUUUGGAGAUUAAAGAAAAUGACAACCUGUGCUCCAGUAUGGUGGAAAACUUUCCUGAGCUGACUAAGGCAACUAAUUUUGAAUGCAGUGGUCCUCAGACAAACAUUAGUUUAGAUAAGAGAAAUUCCAAGUUCGCCAACGGAGACAUCUUCUGUCUGUCAAGGAAUAAACCAGUUUCUAUUUCAAAUGGUGCUCCUUCACCCUCCUCAAACAUAGAAAGCACUCCAGGUGAUCUUUUAGAGAAAACCUUGUCUCGGUACUACCCUGAGCAAGUGUCUAUUGCAUCACAAACAUCUGGGCUACAGCCAGAUGUUGUCAAUGGUUCACUGGCAAAUGAGGUGCCCAGUGAAGGUGCUCAACCCCUUUCUUUAACCUCAGGAUUGCCCACCUCGAUUCCAACGCCGGCAGCAGAUCAACAUCAACCCGCAGCAUCCUGCAACACUGAAGGAAGCAACAAUUAUAGCUCUGUCAGCUACGUAGCAAAUGGAUACUCCAACAAUUACAUAGCAGAGCACCAGCAGGAACCGCACCAGCAGGAACCGCAUCAGCUGCAGCCACAACCGUACUCUGGUCACGGACAGCUGCCUGCUAUGAUCCUACCAUCAAAGACUGCCAAUAACUCCCAACAGCAUCAAAAUGACCCAGGGUCCUAUACUGAAGAGUCAAACUCUCGUGGUACACAUGCAAAGCCCAAAAAGGAGUAUAAUCAAAACUCUUUCCUGGAGCAAAACACUCCUCUUAACAUAACAGAGGCAGAUGAAUUUGGGUCAUUUCCUCUAUCUGAGCUACAGGGCAUAGGAAAAAGUGAGGAAUCCGACUCUGGUCAAAGUCAGUGCCAUGAUAUGAACAUCCAUUACGGAAAUCAGUCUCUCUUUCAGCAAAAUGUUGGGAACUCAUGCAUACCUGGCAAUAUGAGAGAGCUGGAACACAGUCUUCAGCAGUCACAUCAUGAAAGUUUGGAAAAAGAGAUGGUUAAUAAACUUCAACAGGAAGUCAAUUUACAGUGCCCAACUACUCACCGGAGAGACUGGAUGGAGCUAAACAGUUCUCACUCCCAACCAGCAAGUGUCUCAUCAUUCCAGACCCAAGAACAGGACAUAUGGAAGGGCUUCCCUGCUCAGUCUCACACAGAGCAGCAGACAGUAAACACCGAGGCUCACAACCAGAUGUUAGAGCCAAACCCGGCACAGAGAUUCCAAAUACAGGGGAUUUUCACAGAUAGCAGCCAGAGGUCUAACAGCUUCCAGCAGCAGCAUGAGGACUGCCUUCCCCCAACCCAAAUGCACUGUGCUUCAGCUCAGCACAACACUGCCAUUGAGUGGCAGCAGCCAAAUUCUAAAGAAAGUCAAAUACAGCAGCAUUUAGCCCAGAAAAUGCCUGAGCAGCAGGCAGAUAGCGAAUACUGCUCCAACAUACAAUCAAAGCACUUACUGGAAGGCAAUGCUGACACGCACAAUUUACUGUCAUCUAAAUUUCAAAAACAACAACAGCAGCGCUGUCUUCAAAGACCCCUAUCCCACCCACCGCAGUUUGAACAUCAGCAGCUCAACUCUCCUGAUUAUAGACCUCAUAGCCAGCCUCAGCAAGGUCUGCAGGACCUUCAGCUCAACCAACCUAACGGCAACACUGCAGCUCAAUCCAACAACCAACACAUCCAGCAGAACGAACAUGCAACAUUCAGUUAUAGCAACGCCGUAGAGAUGCAGCAGCCACUAGACCAUCAAAAGAUGUUUCAAACAAGCUCAGGUAGUAGUAACCUCAAGCAGUUUCCACCACAGCGGCCUAACAACCACUGCCACCAGCCCAACCUCGUGGACUUUCCUCAGACCUCUACACAUUCACACUCUCACUUACCACAAGGUGCGUUAAACCAUAUAUCAACAAACAUGUAUCCUAAACUUGAACAGCAGCAGAAGACAUCUUGUUCUCAGUUCCAAAGGGGACCUCAACUACCUCUGGGACCUGGAAGUGCCCAUGGAGACCCUCAGAGGCAUGCAGCCUUACGAAUGCACCUUUUACAAAAGCAGAAGCGCCAGGGGCCUCCUCAUUCUUCUUACGGCACUAGUGACCACAGGCAUAACCCCAUACCCAUAAAACUAGAAAAUGGACCCAGAUUCGAGCUGCCUGGUUCCCAGCAUUUGGAGCAGCAGUUACAGGGACGAGAUACAGACAUGGGUUUGCCGCAAGUCAAACAGGAAAGCCAACACUCACUGUGUGAACAAAGCAAGCAGCACUGCAGUAUCCUGGCCUCUAUGGAACAAAGUCUGAGGCAGUACCAGCUUUCCCCCGUCUUUGAGAAGAAAUCACUUCUCAUGAAUUCCUCCAGUAAAGUUAAAGUAGAAUCUUCUGGAGCCGUCACAAUCCUGUCAAGUAGCACUGACCUAAAUGUAGCGGAAUUAUCAACAGGUGCCUCAGCUUCUGUAUCUCUAAAAAGAUCCGAUUCCACCCCCAAAAAAGAACACCUUCUGCAGAGCUUUAUGGACUCUCCUGUAAAGCUUCUAGAUACCCCUAUAAGGAAUCUACUGGAUACCUCAAUGAAAACACAAUAUGACAUUGCAUCCUGCCACUGUGUUGAACAAAUCAGCGAAAAAGAUGAAGGCCCAUACUACACUCACUUGGGUGCAGCACCUAGUGUUGCUGGUAUACGUGAAGUGAUGGAAAAAAGAUCUGGUCUAACUGGUUCAGCCAUCAGGAUUGAAAAAGUAAUAUACACUGGCAAAGAAGGAAAAAGUACACAGGGUUGCCCUAUUGCCAAAUGGGUGAUUCGCAGAUCCAGUGUGGAGGAAAAACUCCUGGUGCUAGUGCGAGAGCGUAAUGGUCACACAUGCGACACAACCUGCAUCAUUGUGGUAAUGUUGUUCUGGAACGGCAUCCCAUCCAGCCUGGCUGACCGCCUCUACCUCGAGCUAAGUGAAACUCUAACAAAGCAUGGAGCCCACACCCAGAGACGCUGCGCUCUCAACGAGGAGAGGACCUGUGCAUGCCAGGGGUUAGAUCGUGAAGGCUGUGGAGCCUCUUUCUCAUUUGGCUGCUCCUGGAGCAUGUACUACAAUGGCUGCAAGUUUGCAAGGAGCAAAAUGCCAAGAAAAUUCAAGCUACUUGGGGAUGAUGUCAAAGAGGAAGAGAAACUGGAACAAACCUACAAAAUCUGGCAACAAUUUUGGGCUCCCUUGUACAAAACUUUGGCACCUGACGCUUAUGGAAACCAGGUGGAACACGAACACAGAGCCCUAGAUUGUCGCCUUGGACUUAAGGACGGCCGUCCAUUCUCUGGGGUCACUGCUUGCCUGGACUUCUGUGCCCAUGCUCAUAGAGACCUCCACAACAUGCAGGGUGGCAGCACUGUGGUGUGUACAUUAACCAGAGAGGAUAACCGCGAGAUUGGAAAGAUCCCAGAAGAUGAGCAACUUCAUGUUCUUCCUCUCUAUAAACCUACCAACACGGAUGAAUUUGGAAGUGAGGAAGGCCAACAGGAGAAAAUCAAGUCGGGUGCAAUCCAAGUCCUCAGUGCCUUUCGCCGCCAAGUGCGCAUGCUUGCUGAGCCAGCCAAGUCUUGCCGGCAAAAGAAGCUAGGUGCUAAAAAGGCAGCUGCCAGCAAGUAUGCCACGCUGGACAACCCUAAUGAUAAGGCAGAGAAGGCCCUUCAGGUUAAGUCAAAAAUGGGCACUUAUGAGAAUACAGCUGAGAUCACUCCUGGGACAGGACCUAUUCCAGGAACCCUACAAUCAGGUCAACCAACAAACCCGCUUGGGACACAUUCUCAGCAAUUACAGCACCACAGCAUUGUUUCCCCUUAUCCUUGCCCCACAAAUCCUGCCAGAUACCCUAGAUUUGCCAAGCUUUCUGGGUCUUUUUCAAGCACUUCCAAUCCAAGUAGCAUGUACGCAUCUCAGCAACCGACUCCAGCCACCCCUUACCCCUCCCCUCUCCAUAUGCCAAACCCUUACAUUAAUGGAUCACCUCAGCCAUAUCCAGGUUAUCAGUGUAACGGUGGAAUGCCCCUUGAUAAUUACUAUCCUUACUAUGCUUCAAACCCAAAGCACCUGGACAUGCAUCAGCAACAGCAGUCAGUGCUUUUCCCAGACCAGCAGUACAAUGUACAUCAACGCUAUGAGGUCAACUAUCCACCAAGGUAUGGGGAGCCAGGUUUACAGGUCAAUGGUUAUAAUGCUUGUGGCAUGAGACCAAUUCACCCUGUGAGACCUUACUCCCCUUAUGGUCCUAAUGGAGCCUCAGAUCCCCAGUUUUUGGGGGCACCACCUGUUCAACCAAAUCUUGACUAUACAGUUGCUGUAAGCAAUGGCAAACAGUUUGGAGGAUACCCGCAUCCUUACCUCUCUCAGACUUCUCAAACGCUAAACCCAGGCCAGGAUCCUUUCCAUAUGCAAGUCACAACAGAGACAGGUAGGCCACUUUCAUCAUCAUUAAGUUUUGGGUGUUUGAACCCUGAAACACACUCAGGGUUGGGCUUAACAAGUGACACCCUUACAGGCUCCAAUAUAAAGCAGGAACCUGGAACACCACAGACUCCUACAACACCCCAAAAACCUGAGAUGUGGUCAGAUAAUGAACACAACUUCUUGGACCCCGAAAUAGGUGGUGUGGCAGUGGCGCCAAGCCAUGGCUCUGUCAUCAUAGAGUGUGCAAAACGUGAACUCCAUGCCACAACUCCCCUAAAGAUCCCAGAUCGCACUCACCCAACACGUAUCUCCUUGGUUUUCUACCAGCACAAGAACUUGAAUGAGGCCAAACAUGGUCUGGCACUGUGGGAAGCCAAGAUGGCAGAGAAGGCUCGAGAGAAGGAGGAAGAAGCAGAGAAGAAUGGUGGCGAGGGUACACCUAGCAAGGGCAACAAGAAGGGGGGGAAGCGUGAGCAUUCUGACUCAUCAGAACCGAGCGGCGAGCCUCCGUAUAAGCGAUUCAUCCAGGCACUCAUGGAGGGCUCCCUGUCCAGCACAACCAACACAUACAUCAGUACAUCCACGUACGCUUUUACAAAGGUCACAGGGCCUUACAGUAAACUUGCAUAAAAACAUACACAAUGAGAAAAACAAAUUGAAGGUGCUUUAUUUCUUAUAAUCCAUAUGUCAAGCACCAAUGGCCUCAUCAGUAACACUCCCUCCUAACCAC